GUAAAUUCUACUGAAAAUCACUCGAUUCUAACGCUUCUUUAACAAGCUAGAAAACUGAAUAGAUACGAAGAUGAUUGGCAAACGUCCUCAAGGAUUGCGCGCUGCAGCAUCUCAGAAAAAGCAGCAAUUAGAAAAACAACGUCAGGAGGCAGCUGCAAAUGGAAUCGACGCUUCUGAGCAAGGAAAUGGAGAUGUAAACAAAGGUGAAGGGGACGAAGACGAAACCAUGUUGGUGUAUACAGAAGAAGACAAUAUUGACCAACUCUGGGGAUUGUAUGAGAUGAGCCGUGAAAAAUUAGAAGGUGGUGAUAUUGAAGGAAGCAUCAACCUUGUCUUCGGUACCAUUCAUGAGGCCGAUCGUAUUCUUCGUAACACAGAGGACUAUUCUGGUCUUCCUAAGGAUUUCCACGCAGCUUAUUCAAUGGCUCUCUUGGCUGUUUCUGAAUUAUACGAGCCUGCUAAAGGACGUCUCAAAGAAACCAAUGAUGAAGAGUCAUUCAUUGACGCUGCCUUAGAAAGAGCUCAACUUGGUUUGGAAGCUUCGGGUGACCAAUCUCGUCUUAACCUUGCUUUUGGACGUGCAUAUUUAGAAAAAGUACGUAUAACCUUGUGGAAGCAAGACGAUCAGCAGAACCCUUCGGAUCAAUCUGUUAUUAUACAGAUCGUCAGUCCUUACAUUGAAUCCGCUCUUCAAUACCUUCGUCCUCUACUUUCGAUGGAACCAUUUGAUGAUUUGACUCCUGAUUCUUUGCGUCCAUUGUAUGUCUUGUCCUCUUAUAUGUUUCAAUUUGGCUCUCAGUUUCCUGAAAGCUCCCUUUUAGACGUACAUUCCGUUAUUGUUGGUCUUUGGGAAAAAUGUAGCGCUUUCCCAGAUUGUCCUCUUCCUGUCCGUCUUGCUACCAAGGAAGCAGUUCUAGCUAGUCAUACAAGCUUCGCCGAAUAUUAUAUCGAUUUGAUGGAUGUGGAUGAAGAAAAUGCCGAAAAGUGGGCUAAAAAAGCCUCUGAAUGGCUUUCUCACUCCGUUGAUGCUUGGAAUGCACUUUAUGAGUUGGAUAACUCAGCCGAACGACUUUUGAAGUUGGCCGAUAUUAAGAUGGAUUUAGCUCAGAUCACUGAGGAAGAAGGUUCUCAAGAUGAGUAUUUGAAGGCCGCCUCUACAGCUUUGCAGGAUGCUCAGAAGGCUGGUGUAAAGCUAAAUCCCGAUUAUGUGGAAUUCCUUGAAGCAUGCUCUUCUGCUUAAAACCGCUUACAUUGGUUAGCCUUUCGUCUUUCUUAUACGUUUUGUUUUUUUUUUGGUUACAUUGUGGUUUCACAAAUUUUCUUGGUGUUUUGUAUUUAUCUUGUCCAAAUACAUAGAAAUGGUAAUUUAGCUGGUAUAUUAAGUCAAAAAUCGUCCAUUUGAUAUGUACGGCUUAUUUGUUGUAGACUAUUCUUUGGCUUUCUAUUAGUAUCAGCUAGUCUGGAUUGUGCAAACAAUCACUACUUAUAUAGAAAACAUAAUAAAACUAAUAAAUAAUAUUAGACUUGCUUUGCAG